AUGUCCUCGUCGCACCUACACGAUGGCGGCAAGGUCAUCUGCGAUAACCCCAUUCGAUCCCCGCUCGACGGGCGCUCGUACCUCCUAGAAGAGCUCGGUAAUGAUCUCAGGGUCAUGUGGAUUCACAGUCCCGGGGCUGAGAAGUCCACGGUGGUGAUGAACGUCGAGUCUGGGGCCUUUAACGACGGCCAUAAAAAGGGAGAUAUUGCGCAUGCCACCGAGCAUUUCCUCUUUAUGGGAUGCGGAAAGUACCCUCGCAGAGACGAAUUGGAUGAACGCAUUGCCAAGCACGGUGGGAGAUCGAAUGGAACGACUUCGGAGACCAGAACCAAGUUUUGGGCGGAAAUCAACACCAAAGCGGCAGACGAGAAGGCCGGCGCCAAGAUGGAGGAGGUUUUCGAUGUCUUGUUUCAACAUUUCAUCGAUCCCGCUUUCAAUCCCGACACAAUCCAGCGCGAGAUCAACACAAUCUCGAACGAAUUUACGCGUCAGGAACGAGAAGACUUCAUCAGAGUUUCGCAUCUGGACGGAUCACUGUCGAACCCGGAGCAUCCCAGGUCCUGGGCGUUCCUAUCCGGGAACCGCAAGUCGUUGGGGGACGUGGAGAAGCUCCUCCCAAAGGUUAUCGAGCACUACAAGAAAACCUACUGCGCAGGCCUCAUGCGGUGCGUUAUGGUCUCCCCACUGCCCAUUAAAGACUUGCAGGACAGGUUCCGGGCCACCCUCGCCGCAAUCCCCAACAGAGGGCUCAGCAGAAAGGUCUGGGACACCAUCCCCCGUUUCCUCGAGAAAGACCUGGCCACGGUGACGUUUGUGGAGCCUGUUACAGACGUGGACAUACUGGGCAUCAAGUUCUACUUCCCUGGAAAGGAAGACGACGGCUACUCGGCCCGUGGGGCGCAUUCACUCCAUCUUCUGACACAGAGGGCAGAGGGAAGUGUUCACGACGUGCUCACGGGGAAAGGGCUGAUCCACACUCUUGGCGGCAAACUGUCGUACGAGCAUACCAACUACCGCGAGAUGUCGAUUUGGGCGCAUCUGACAAAAGCCGGGGUCAAGAACUACCAAGACGUGGUCCAGGAAGUAUACCACAUGAUCGCCCUUAUGAAGGCCGCAGGUCCGCAGCAGAAACGGGUGGAAGAGGUGACGAGGCUCGAUCACAUUCAUUUUUGCACCAGCCAUACCUCCGACUUUUCCCUUGCCCAAACAGUGGCCGACAACAUGCUGCGCCCAUACCUCCGACCUGAGAACCUUGUUUACGGCAGCAACGAGAUCUCGAUCGGGAGCAUGUUUAACGCCGAAGACAUCGUCAAAACCUUGGGCUUUUUGCGGCCUGAAAAUAUGCGCCUCAUGCUACUCUCGAAGGAGGUAAAAUACCUGGCCGUCCAAGAAGAGAAAUGGUAUGGGACAAAGUGGGGGGCCCGUAAGAUAUCGGCCGGCGACAUGGCCAAGUAUACCGCCGCCGCCAAUCUACCCCUCGACCAGCUGCCUUCCGAGCUCACGCUGCCACCGCCGAACCCGCUUAUCACCCAAAAAGACUUUGAGGGCGAAAUGCUCGGGCUCCAGAGGGGCAGGCAGGCGCAAGCACCGGGGACCGCCGAUGAGGAGGAGAAGCGGCGGCCACCGCCCAAGGCCCUGCAGACGGGUAAGAGCGACAUCUGGUUUGCACCGGGCGAGAAGCCGUGGGCCGAGCCCCGAAUCAAGAUCAACAUGCGCAUCCGACCUAACAAUGUCUUUACCGACGCGGAAUGUGCCGAAAAAACAGGUCUGUUCUUGGAAUCGGCCCUGCGCGCUACCGCCCCUCUUUCCGACCGGUUCGGCAAGGCAGGCAUGAGUUAUUCAGCCGGCCACAUGGAGGACAGCCUUAUUCUUUCCGUUACUGGGUUCAAGGACGUGAUCCAGCCCAUGUUGAUGGAGCUUCUGCCGGCCUUAAGGCACCAUCAGCCGACGGAAGCCGACUUUAAUGCGAUCAAGGAAGAUUAUCUCCAGCGGUAUCAAAGCGCAAGAUAUAAUGACUCUAUGGUCCAAAACAACGACCAUCUCGACCUACUCACCUCCGAGCAUGGUUUUACGCUGGAGCAAGGAGAAGCGGCGCUGAAAGCCAUCACGUUCGAGGAUGUACGGAAGUGGGGAACCGCCAUCUUCAACACGGCGCAAUUCCAGUUCUUCAUCAGCGGCGACAUAACCGAGGCGGAGGCGAAGGAAUUGUGGCCCAUCUGCCAAGAACAGCUAGCGCUCAGCUGGCGACACGGUGAGGAGCCGCCACGGAUCCGAGCCAGGCUACCCCCUUCGGGCCGCAUCAGCCUUUUCAAGCGGAGCACGGUCGACCCCAGGAAUAAAAAUAGCUCCGUGAAUGCCGUCAUAUUCUUUGCCCCUAGCCGUCGGGCCCAGUAUAUUGCUGCCCCAACGCUCCUGUGCGCCGUCGGGGUUUACGUCGAGUGUUCCAAACACUCGUGCGUGGAGGCGGCCAAGGUCAUGAUCGAAUUCAUAAAAGAGGCUCCCGGCAUGGUGGAAAAUCUUAGCCCCGAGGAAUUUGAAACGUACAAAAAGGCCUGCAUGGAGGCCAGCGACAAAAAAAUCCAAACGCUCGGCGAAUACCACCAGUGGGCGUGGACUUCGAUCUACAGACGAAUCUAUAAUUUCCAUGAGCCCGAACACCUUGUCGAAAAACUACGGGGAGUCACACAAGGCCAAGUGGUCGACCUGGCCAAAAAUAUGGACGUCUCGUCGCCCGAGGGCACCCAGCUUUGGCUCUUUAUGGAGGCACGGGAGCGGGAGACGGCCGAAGAGAACCCGGCCUACAUCGAGCUGUUCCCCAAGGGCAGAGAGGUCGGGUUCGUCAAGGGCGUGUCCGACUUACCGGACCUAAGCGCCCCAGAGGAGGCCGUGGAGAACCCGGAGGACUUUCUUGUCAAGCCUGGAAACCGUGCUGACCGGUUAUCGUGA